UCCCAAAGCCAAGGCAGAUGAGAUUGCACUCUUCUUCCUCCGUAGAGAAAAUGAAACCAACACUGUUUCCAUCUUUACUCAGAAACACCUUCUUUUUAGUCUUCCUUUUGCUAGAGUUAUCAAUCCUUUCACCCCAUUCUGUAGUAUCCAUUAAAGAGCAAGAAUCUCAGCAACAAGUUGGCUAUGGUUACUUAAUCACAUCUGUGGCCUUAGAUUCCACUGGAAAUUCACUUUUUGCUCAUCUUCAACUCAUUAACAACUCUUCUGUUUUUGGGCCUGACAUUCAGACUCUUAUCCUAAUUGCAAGUUUGGAAACAAACGACCGUCUCCGAAUACGAAUAAAUGACGCUAACCACCAACGGUGGGAAGUGCCGGAAGAAAUCCUCCACCGUCCACGACCGCCGUCUCGGCCUUCAACCACCCACUUCUCGUCAGAAAACCACUCCUCAACCACCCUCUCAAACCAAAACUCAGACCUAGAAUUCACCCUCCACAACACUACCCCUUUCAGUUUCACCAUCCGCCGGCGUUCCACCGGCGAUACUCUCUUUGACACAUCGCCGGAGCACCAAAACCCCGACAGUACAUUCCUCAUAUUCAAAGACCAGUACAUUCAAAUCUCCUCCUCAUUACCAACCACCAGAGCCAACCUCUACUGCCUUGGAGAGCACACAAAAAGCACGUUUAAGCUCACGCACAACCAGACUUUGACUCUGUGGAAUGCUGACAUUGGCAGUUCCAACGUGGACCUUAAUCUCUAUGGGUCCCAUCCUUUUUACAUGGACGUCCGGUCGUCGGCGAAUGAAACGGCCGCCGGAGUUAGUCAUGGGGUUUUGCUUCUGAAUAGCAAUGGCAUGGAUAUUGUGUGUACGGGUGAUAGGAUCAGCUAUAAAAUGAUCGGAGGGUUGAUUGAUUUAUAUUUCUUUGCCGGACCUUCGCCGGAAAUGGCGGUGGAUCAGUAUACGCAGCUUACUGGUCGUCCUGCUGCUAUGCCAUAUUGGUCUUUUGGUUUUCACCAAUGCCGGUGGGGUUACAAGAACAUUGAUGAUGUUGAACUGGUAGUGGAUAGUUAUGCAAAGGCUGGUAUCCCCCUGGAGGUUAUGUGGAGUGAUAUUGAUUACAUGGAUGGUUUUAAGGACUUCACACUUGAUCCAGUUAACUUCCCAUUGGAUCGGGUGAAAAUUUUUCUCAGGAAGCUCCAUCAGAGUGGUCAGAAAUACGUACUUAUAUUAGAUCCAGGUAUUAGUAUCAAUAAUACAUAUGACACCUAUAGGAGAGGCAUGGAAGAAGAUGUCUUCAUAAAACGCGAUAAUAUGCCCUAUCAAGGGGUUGUUUGGCCAGGGAACGUUUACUAUCCUGAUUUUCUAAAUCCAGCUAGUGGAAUAUUUUGGAGAAAAGAAAUUGAGAAGUUCCACGAUCUCGUACCUUUUGAUGGUCUGUGGCUUGACAUGAAUGAACUAUCUAAUUUCAUAACUUCCCCUCCUAUACCAUCGGCAACCAAUGAUGACCCUCCCUAUAAGAUAAACAACUCUGGUGAUCACUUGUCCAUCAAUUAUAGAACAGUUCCAGCCACUUCCACACAUUUUGGAAAUACUAUGGAGUAUAAUGUCCAUAACCUUUAUGGAUUACUAGAAUCCAGAGCUACUUAUAACGCUUUGGUUAAUGCCACUGGUAAAAGACCAUUCAUUCUUGCAAGAUCAACUUUUCUUGGCUCUGGCAGAUAUACGUCACACUGGACUGGAGAUAAUGCUGCUACCUGGAAUGAUUUGGCAUACUCCAUUCCUACUAUCUUAAGUUUUGGACUAUUUGGAAUUCCAAUGAUUGGAGCAGAUAUAUGUGGUUUUUCAGGGAAUACUACUGAAGAGCUUUGUCGCCGCUGGAUUCAGCUUGGAGCAUUUUAUCCAUUUGCAAGAGACCACUCUGCUCAUGACACUACCCGCCAGGAGCUCUAUAUUUGGGAGUCAGUUGCUGAAGCAGCCAAGAAAGUCCUUGGGCUCCGAUAUCAGCUACUUCCACACUUUUACAUGCUGAUGUACGAGGCACAUACAAAAGGGACUCCCAUUGCACGGCCCCUUUUCUUCUCUUUCCCUCAAGACACCAACACAUAUGAUAUCAGCACACAGUUCCUUCUUGGUAAAGGUGUCAUGAUCUCACCUGUACUUAAGCAAGGAGCAACCUCAGUUGAGGCAUAUUUCCCUGCUGGAAACUGGUUUGACCUCUUCAAUUACUCUCGUUUCGUGAGUUUGAAUCAAGGAAAAUUUAUGACACUUGAUGCACCACCAAAUCAUAUAAAUGUACACGUUCGUGAAGGGAACAUAUUGGCCAUGCAAGGGGAAGCAAUGACAACACAAGGUGCUAGGAGGACUGCAUUCAAGCUCCUUGUCGUGCUGAGCAGCAGCGGAAACAGCACUGGAGAACUAUUUGUGGACGACGAUGAUGAGGUGCAGAUGGGAAGAGAUGGAGGAAGGUGGACAAUAGUCAGGUUUAACAGCAACAUCAUCGGCAAUAAAAUUAUGGUUAAAUCAGAGGUUGUGAAUGGAGGAUACGCACUGGAUCAAGGAUUAGUCCUUGAAAAGGUAACACUAUUGGGAUUGAAAAAUGUGAGAGAAUUGAAGGGCUAUGAGCUUGUUGGUUGCAUGGGAUCAGACCAGCAAGGGAGCACAAGAAUGAUGAAAAAUAUUGAACCGAGUGGACAGUUUGUUACUAUGGAAAUCUCGGGGAUUUCAAUAUUGGUCGGAAAGGAGUUCAAAUUAGUGCUAUACAUUAGUAUUUAAUAGAGGACGUAAAGUCAUAUACAGUGACAUAGUGCAAAGACUUUUUGCACUAUCAAUGUAGCUUAAUUAACUUAUGAUAGUAUGUUACUCUUGCUAUUUUACCAAGUUACUAAUUAAUGUUUAUCAUAAAAAUUUACUUAUACUUAUCUUAUAAGUGA